AUGGCAACAAAUGCUCUCCCAUCGAAUGAACGUUUUCUUGAUGUUAAUAAUGAACCACAAAAACCGCUAGGCCCUAUCGAAGGCUAUGAACUAAAGCCGCUUCUUUCAUUAAAAGAAGCUGUCGAAACGCUCCAGUCAAUCAUUCCGUCAAUUCAAAGUUACGUUUGGUCAACCCUUGGCAAUUGCGAAGAACAACCAAAGGACGGACUGUCAAUCGAUGAAUCAGGAGCUAUUCAUCUCUAUACUACUGAAUGUCUUCACCGGCAACUAAAUGCUGUUCUACGAAGCGCAAAACGUCAGCACCUCAUUCCCUACUUCUCCUAUUUGAAACUGUUACUCACUGCACUGUGGAAGUUGACGGAUUUUAAGGGUGUCGUUUGGCGUGGUGUUAAAGGUGAUUUAAAAGUAGAAUAUUCACCCAAGACACAGUUCUUUUGGUGGGGUUUAUCCAGUUGUACGAAGCAUAUUAAUAUAUUACAAUCAGAAGAGUUUCUUGGUGAAACAGGAGCUCGUACACUUUUCAGUAUUGAAUGUUACAAUGGGAAAUUAAUACAAAAUCAUUCAUGUUUUCCUGAUGAAUGUGAAGUGUUGUUGUUGCCGUGUAGUUACUUUGAAGUUAUCGGUAAUAUUGAACAAAAUAACAACUUGAGAAUCAUUCCUCUUCGACAAAUUGAGCCACCUUGUGUAAUGAUUCAAUCACCUUGCAAUUUUCCACCGCCUACCACUGAACUGCAAAGUCCUUCGAGUACUGAAUCGAUGACUGACUCUUUAUCACAUGUAAGCGUCGUUUCAACGCUACCGCCCUUCACAACUAAGCCAAAAAAAGACGUUUCCACUUUAAUGAAUCUGAAUGUUUUGAAACAGAAGCCAACUUUGUCUAUGAGUAUUAACAGAGAUUGUAGUUCCAUGGACGGUAAUGAAAAAUAUUUAGUUUAUUGCCCAAAACGUAGUCUCUCGCUACUUAAUGAACAAGGAAAUGAGAAACUGCAUAUAAGACGAGAUUAUGAAGUUUGGGAUAUUUGUUGGGCAUCGUACUUAAGUCAAUUUCUUAUCUUAUCACCGACAGUGCUUUAUUUAUUAGAUAUAACUGCUAGUAAAACACAACAAAUUAAAGGAUUUAGUCAACCAAUGUGGAGCUGUACUUGUUAUGAAGAGACAUUUAUUGUAAGUAGUUGCAGUGAAGCAGCACUAAUUGAAGAAUACAGUCUAUCGAAUUGGAAACCAAAAAGGACAUACCAUCCACCAUUAUCAUGUCAAGAAAACCAAUAUAUUCGUUGUAUUCGAUUCAGUAGUAGUGGUACUCAUCUUGGAGUUAUGCUUAGCGACAAAAAUCAUCCUAAUUAUCGUCUUGUGUUUGAAUUACGUGGUUCAAAUGAUAUGAAUGUGCUACAAGUCACAGACAUUGGUGUAGAUAGAAACUGCUGGCUUCUUUCACUUCCUAACCGACAAUUUUUGGUGAACACAUUGAAGUCAAAAAAAUUCUAUUUACUUGAUUCCAAUGGGCAAUUAAAAGAAACAAUUCCGUAUGAUGCAAAACAAAUAUGGUCAACAGCUUCAUUUAAUGGUACAUUUCUUCUUAUACAAACAGAAGAUCCGAGUGAACUUCGUUUCUAUGAUAUAACUCGGUAA